GCCAUGGCCGAGGCGCAGGAGCUGCUGCUGCAGCUGCAGAAGGACAAUCGCGACGGACGCCUGCGGAAGCAGGAGCUGGAGGAGCUGGUGCGUGGGCUUGAGGCCGAGAGCGAGAGCCUCAACGGGCGCCUGCAGGAUCUGCGCGAGCGCGAGCGCAGCCUGCAGCGGAGGCGAAGCCAUGCGACUCGGACGCUGAGAGGGGAGGCGCGCGAGGCGGCGCGGGAGCGUGCGGAGCGGGCGCGGCUGCUGCAGGAAACCGCCGAGCGCCGCAGGCGGGACCUGGAGCAGCACAACCGGCGCCUGCAGGAGCAGUGGGAAGAGCUGUCGAGUCAGCUUUUCUACUAUGGAGGGGAGCAUCAGAGUCAGCAGCGCGAGGAGCAGCAACUCGGGACCCAACUGGUGAAGCUGCAGAAACAACUGGAACUUGUGGAGGCCAAGCACGCCAUGCAGGCGAAGAGUCUUCGGCAGGGUGCGCAGCAGACCGAGGAGGCCUGGGCCAGCUUCCAGGAACAGAGCGGAGUCCUGCAGGAGCUACAAGGGAAGGUGAUGGAGGCAGCAGCUGCGCUGGAUGCCUCGCGGGGCGGCCCGGAACAGUGGGACUCACAGCCUCGCCGGGUGCAGGACUGCGCGGGAUCGCUUAUGGAGGAGGUGGCCAAGGCAGACUGUGAGAAGCGGUUGUUCCGCGGCGCGGGCAUGGCGGGCAUCAGGCUCUGGGCGCUGGGCGCGCUGCAGGUGCUCCUGUUGCUCCCGCUCGGCUUCCUAGCGCUGCCGUUGCUCUACCUGGUGCUGGUGAACCCCGAUGUCUUCCACCGAGGACUCUCGCCUCUCAGUUUGGAGGCCUCCAUCCGCCGCUUGCGCUACACGCUGUCCCCGCUGCUAGAGCUGCGAACUCACGGCCUGCUGCCCUCUUAGCGCGCAUCAUGCCAGACUCUGUCGCCUGCAACUCUGUCUCCCGUGUAGUUUCUGGGCGUCUGGGAGGAAACAGAGGGGAAAGGUGGGGUGUGGUCAUUGUCCGCCGGGACCCAGCAACCCCAGGGCCUUCCAGGUGGACCUUGAGUCUCCAGAGACUGCCUCCUGUGCCACCCCACAGAGCUGGCACCCAGGGCCAGGCCCCCUGGCUUAAGCAGGGCCCUUCUGUACCAGGCACCACACCCAGGCCUGGUUCACACAAAGGGUGCUGCACAAGAGCCAACAAGGAAGUUGGUCAGUCUCUUAUUACUAAACUCUUCUCCAUCCUCCACUGCAACAUCCUGCCCACUUGCAUCUUCUCUGCCAGUGAACCUGAGCCCUGGGCACCAGGCCGCGGAGGGGAGGGAGUGGGAAAUGGUGGUGGUGUUUCAUCACUGAGGUCUUGGAGGUAAAGAUCCUGAUUCCCGUGGCCAGGCUGAGUCAGGGCUUAAUCAGAACCCUCAGGUCCUUGCAUUCUCUCAGGGGCUUCUGCUUGAAUCUGGGAGGCUGGUGUUCCCUGCUGUGGACAGUGUCACUCUGUGUGUGUAGGAGAUGUGAGGAGCAUGCUCUUACCACCGUGGUCUUCAUGGGGAAUGUUCUACCUAGUGACUUAAAAGCAGUAAUGGUUAAAGAUCUGGUGAGAGUUCGUUAUAGUGCAAUUGACAAGGUAAUUUGGUUGUUUUCAUGACAUACUUUUAAAAUAAUAACUAGAAUUACAACUUAUUAUAACCAUGCACCAGAUUUUUAGGAAUUUCAUAUCAUUUCUGGAAUACUUAUGUUAGUAACAUAGUAAAGAGACCUGAAGCUUUCUUGGGGUGGAGUAAGGAGAGAGCAGGAGGUGAGAGGUGGCCAUGAGAGACAAUUAUUCCGUGUAGCUUUGUCACCAAGUACAGCAGAAAAAUGGACGAAGAUGUCUCAGGUGAACACCUGAAGCUGGACCCUGACAAACAUGAGAACAAUCCAGAAUUAGAAAAGAUUCAAAAAGAGAGAGCUGCUAGCCAUAAGCAAGGACAAACUACCAAAUUAUGAAGACAAGAUUAAGAUGUUUUAUGAGGACGAACGUCACCUGGAUGCAGAGCUCACUCUAUCUUAGAUGACAGUGGGGACUUUGAUGUAAGAGAUGAGGGGAACAAGUGGAUGCUGAGUUUCAUGGGGAUGGAGACAUAGAUAAUCCUGCCUGCUGGGAUUUACCAUGGCUUCACGCUUGCACAAAAAGAAUGUGAAGACCAUGCAACUGUUUGUGGGAGAAACCUUCUAGAGGAUGUACAAGUGGCCAGCUGACCAUUUCAGAGCUCAGGGCAGUUAGUGGAGUUUUAGGUACAGACAGCAUGGCAGUUCCCUGGAUGCCCACCUGCCCCUGCAUCCCUUGAGUGGACCCUGACAUGACAACCACAGAAAUCUGUAGUUUCCUCCUUGCUUUUAUUGUAGACUUGAGGCUAAGGCAGCUAGUAGCUCUGCAAGAUUAUGCAAUCAGAUGUUUCAGUGAAAGGAGCUAGAGAAUGGAUUUUUACAUAAAAGCAACUUCCUGAGCUCAGGCAGAAGGUAUAUCCAGCAGUGGCCAUUCACAAUGAAAACCACGCUGUGAAAUGUGGACAAAUCACAUUCAUUUUCUCAAGUUCUAGAGGAGUGGCUCCAUGCCCUGAGUCAGCACAUGUGCUCACCUCACACGGGAGUGAGUCUCACCUCCCCAAUUGCAGCUGCCUAGAUGCUGUCCUGGAUCUGGAUCUUGGACUUUCAGCCACACCGGUCAGUGCCAUGUCUGCCUUGUACCAAUGCUGACGAUGGGACAGACCAGACCAGAUAGAAGACACAUCUCCCAAAAAACUGAGAGAGGGGGAACACUCCUGGUGGUUGAUGCUACUUUCCUGUUCAGAAUAAAGUAAUUUUUUUAAAAUAACAUUUAUAUAAACUAAAGAAGGCUUG